AUGUCUUCCACGUUAGUUGUUAUAUUCGGUAUAGUUUUGGUGAUCUCCGGUGUGGCAAAUGCUGAUAAUGUUGCUGAGCGCCUUGGCCUUGACGCGCAUACUCAUAUAAAAUAUGAUCGUCGUGGCCUUUCAGGAGCAACAGCAGCACCUGCUGGCGGUGCAGCAGCUGGGGGUGCAGCACCUGGUGGCGGUGCUGGUAUUAAUGUGGGAAACUGUCCCGGUGCCAAGGGAGACGGAGCAUCUGAUAUGACUGCUGUUAUACAAAAGGCUUGGGAUGAUGCUUGCGCUGGUGGACAAAAACUUACCAUACCAACAGGCAUAUGGUUGCACGGAGCGCUUAACUUCAAAGGGCCAUGUCCGAAACCUAUAACGAUCGAGCUUCUGGGUACAUUGAAGGCCAAACCAGACGCCACGUCCUUUCCCGAGAUGAGGCAUAUCAGUUUGUAUUCAGUUAGUGUUACUCUUACGGGCGGAGGUACUAUUGAUGGCAAUGGCGUAGCAUUACAGAAGACUCGAAAACAAACUGACAAAAAUCUUCCAGAUUCUAUGGAGCUGAUGCAGUGUCCUGACUCUAGCAUCGAAGGAAUCAAAUUUGUAAAUGCCAAAGGAUUCAAUCUCAAGGUAGUUCAAUCUGAUAAUUUCAAGGCUCACGGCUUGAGCAUAACGUGCGGGGGGGAAACCUUAAACACCGACGGUAUUCAUCUUGCUCGAUCCAAAAAUGUGUGCAUAACUGACUGCAACAUAGCCGUAGGCGAUGACUGCAUUUCAAUUGGCGAUGCCUCUGUUGACGUGACCGUCAAAAAUAUCCAGUGCGGUCCUGGACACGGUGUCAGUAUCGGUAGUAUUGGUAGAUAUCCAGACGAGAAAGAUGUCAGAAACGUCGAUAUCUCUAACGUUACAUUCAUUGGCACCUCAAACGGUGCACGGAUCAAAACGUUCCACAACUCGCCAGCAAUAGCAGUGUCCAACAUUACAUUCUCAGACAUCACCAUCAAAGAUUCAUUUAAUCCCGUCGUCAUAGAUCAGCAUUACAAUUCGGGGUUCACAGCAGCAGGAGGGGUUUCCAAAGUGAAGAUUACCGGAGUUACUUUUAGAAAUAUCAAGGGCAACUCAAUGUCGAAUAUGGCAGUUUCUUUGAACUGCAGUAGCGCUGCCCCGUGUGAGGGAAUUACUUUGGAAGGCAUUUCAUUAACCUACACCGGGAAUAACAGUCUCUCCAAAGAACUCUCAACAAAUUGCGAAAACGCUAAAGCAACAAUUACCGGAUCCACCAUUCCAAUGUGCGGAGCAACAGGAGGAGCAGGCGGCGCAGCAGCAGCAGGGGGAGCAGCAGCAUCAGGAGGAGCAGCAGCAUCAGGAGGAUCGAAACCAAAAUAGAGCGGUGAAGACAAAUUACGAGCUGAGCACUAAUAAUACAAGUCAUAUGCAAGCAGGACAGAAAACGGACAUACCAAUACCUACAAGGGUCGAAGCGGACAUAUCAAUAACAGAGAGAC